CCCGCCCUUCACCACCUCCUGGCCUCCUCCCACUUGCCUUUUGGUCUUCUGUUUUAGAAGUUCUGAUUUUUCCUAGACAGCUAGAGGAAAGUCAGGUACCAAAAGUGGAGUUCUGUUAUUUCAUUCGUUCUGGUGGGACACUGGAGAGGCGAUCACACUUUGUAACUGGCUCUCCAGGAGAGGACCAAUGUAGCCCUGGAAACUUCAGCGCCUGCGUUGGGCUCCAGCUACAUUAAGGAUCAAUUAGACUUAUGUGACCUAGGCUUGGAAUUGAAUAGUGAGUUUAUAACUACAAUUUAAGUGGGAAAAUGGAUUCCAAGUUUUAAAUACCUGAAUUGGAAACAAACUUUUGAAGCAUCUUCUUGAUUUACCUUCAAGGAAAUUGGGGAUUCAGAAAGUUGGGAGCUCCUGUGAACAUGGCGAACCUACUGAAAACAGCGGUGGCUGGCUGUUCCUGCCCUUUCCUUAGCAGUUUGGAGUCCUGUAAGGUUCUACCUAGGAAGAAGGAUUUUUUACGAACAUUUCAUACUCAUCAGGCGCUGUGGUGUAAAGCCCCUGUAAAACCAGGAAUUCCAUAUAAGCAACUGACUAUUGGGGUCCCCAAAGAGAUUUUCCAAAAUGAGAAGCGAGUGGCAUUGUCUCCUGCUGGCGUUCAGGCCUUGGUCAAGCAGGGUUUUAAUACUGUUGUGGAAUCGGGUGCUGGCGAAGCUUCCAGGUUCUCAGAUGAUCACUACAGAGCAGCAGGUGCCCAGAUCCAAGGGGUGAAGGAAGUGCUGGCUUCUGAUUUGGUGGUCAAAGUACGAGCCCCUAUGCUUAACCCAACGUUAGGUGUUCAUGAAGCUGACCUUUUAAAAACAUCGGGAACACUGAUUAGUUUUAUUUACCCAACCCAAAAUCCAGACUUGCUAAAUAAACUUUCCAAAAGGAAAACUACAGUUCUGGCGAUGGACCAGGUUCCAAGAGUCACAAUUGCUCAGGGAUACGAUGCGCUAAGCUCCAUGGCCAACAUUGCUGGUUACAAGGCUGUUGUACUAGCGGCAAAUCAUUUUGGACGUUUUUUUACUGGUCAGAUCACAGCUGCUGGAAAAGUUCCUCCAGCUAAGAUUCUGAUAGUCGGUGGCGGUGUGGCCGGGCUGGCUUCUGCAGGUGCAGCAAAGUCGAUGGGUGCAAUUGUUCGGGGAUUUGACACAAGGGCCGCAGCUUUGGAGCAGUUCAAGUCUCUGGGUGCUGAGCCCUUAGAGGUGGCCUUGAAGGAAUCUGGUGAGGGACAAGGAGGAUAUGCAAAGGAGAUGUCCAAAGAGUUCAUUGAGGCCGAAAUGAAGCUAUUUGCUCAGCAGUGCAAGGAGGUGGAUAUCCUUAUCAGCACAGCACUUAUUCCAGGUAAAAAAGCUCCUGUUUUGUUUAGUAAAGAAAUGAUCGAGUCCAUGAAGGAAGGUUCAGUUGUUGUGGAUUUAGCUGCUGAGGCUGGCGGAAACUUUGAAACCACCAAGCCAGGAGAACUUUAUGUUCAUAAGGGAAUUACUCACAUAGGCUACACAGACCUUCCCAGCCGAAUGGCCACUCAGGCCAGCACCCUGUAUUCCAACAACAUCACCAAGCUCCUGAAGGCCAUCAGCUCUGACAAAGACAAUUUUUAUUUUGAAGUGAAAGAUGACUUUGACUUUGGUACAAUGGGUCACGUCAUUAGAGGAACUGUAGUGAUGAAGGAUGGCGAAGUGAUCUUCCCUGCUCCCACACCGAAAAAUAUUCCUCAAGGUGCCCCAGUAAAACAGAGGACAGUGGCUGAGCUGGAGGCUGAAAAAGCAGCUACUGUCACGCCCUUCAGGAAGACGAUGACAUCAGCUUCUGCAUAUACAGCAGGUCUCACUGGGAUACUGGGUUUGGGCAUUGCGGCUCCCAAUUUAGCCUUUUCCCAGAUGGUGACCACUUUUGGCUUGGCUGGCAUUGUGGGCUACCACACUGUCUGGGGAGUGACCCCCGCUCUCCACUCACCACUGAUGUCUGUGACUAAUGCAAUCUCAGGGUUGACCGCAGUUGGUGGGUUGGUGCUGAUGGGAGGACAUUUGUAUCCUUCCACAACUUCUCAGGGCCUCGCUGCUCUUGCUACAUUCAUAUCCUCAGUCAACAUUGCAGGUGGCUUUCUGGUGACUCAGAGAAUGCUGGACAUGUUCAAGCGUCCCACCGACCCCCCAGAAUACAAUUACCUGUAUCUGCUCCCUGCUGGUACCUUUGUUGGAGGAUAUUUAGCUGCCCUCUACAGUGGUUAUAACAUUGAACAAAUUGUGUACCUGGGCUCCGGCCUGUGCUGUGUUGGUGCCCUGGCCGGGCUUUCCACCCAGGGAACUGCGCGUCUUGGCAAUGCAUUGGGCAUGAUUGGGGUGGCUGGAGGCCUGGCAGCCACCCUUGGAGGCCUAAAACCGUGCCCAGAAUUGUUAGCUCAGAUGUCUGGAGCAAUGGCUUUGGGCGGUACCAUUGGAUUGACAAUUGCGAAACGCAUCCAGAUUUCUGAUUUACCUCAGUUAGUUGCUGCUUUCCACAGUUUAGUGGGCUUGGCAGCUGUGCUUACGUGCAUAGCUGAGUACAUUGUAGAAUAUCCACAUUUCGCUACGGAUGCAGCAGCUAAUCUUACCAAGACCGUGGCCUACCUCGGUACUUACAUCGGUGGUGUCACGUUUAGUGGUUCUCUUGUUGCCUAUGGAAAAUUGCAGGGUAUCCUGAAAUCCGCCCCUCUCCUGCUCCCUGGGAGGCACCUACUCAAUGCCGGCCUGCUGGCUGCUAGCGUGGGUGGAAUCAUCCCGUUCAUGCUGGACCCCAGCUUCACCACUGGCAUUACCUGUCUGGGCUCUGUGUCAGCUCUCUCUGCUGUCAUGGGUGUGACUUUGACGGCUGCCAUUGGGGGCGCUGACAUGCCCGUGGUCAUCACCGUGCUGAACAGCUAUUCAGGCUGGGCCCUGUGUGCAGAGGGCUUCCUGCUCAACAACAGCCUGCUGACCGUCGUGGGUGCGCUCAUCGGCUCCUCCGGUGCGAUACUGUCCUACAUCAUGUGUGUGGCAAUGAAUCGCUCCCUGGCUAAUGUGAUUCUUGGAGGCUACGGUACCACUUCAACAGCUGGUGGAAAACCCAUGGAAAUUUCUGGCACACAUACAGAAAUCAACCUUGACAAUGCAAUUGACAUGAUUCGAGAAGCUAAUAACAUUAUUAUUACCCCAGGCUACGGUCUCUGUGCAGCCAAAGCUCAGUACCCCAUUGCUGAUUUGGUAAAGAUGCUCUCCGAACAGGGCAAAAAAGUCAGGUUUGGAAUUCACCCAGUUGCAGGCCGGAUGCCUGGUCAGCUUAAUGUGCUGCUGGCUGAGGCUGGGGUGCCAUAUGAUAUUGUGUUGGAGAUGGAUGAGAUCAACCAUGAUUUCCCAGACACUGAUUUGGUCCUUGUAAUUGGAGCUAAUGACACUGUUAAUUCAGCGGCUCAAGAAGACCCCAACUCUAUUAUUGCAGGCAUGCCAGUCCUUGAGGUCUGGAAAUCAAAGCAGGUCAUUGUUAUGAAGAGGUCCUUAGGUGUUGGCUAUGCUGCAGUGGACAAUCCAAUCUUCUACAAACCUAACACAGCCAUGCUUCUAGGCGAUGCCAAGAAGACGUGUGAUGCCCUACAGGCGAAAAUUAGAGAAUCCUACCAGAAGUAAAACACAAAGAUCAAGCUGUUGUCUAACAAAGCCACCUCUUCACUUGUGGGAACAGGCAAAUAAAUUAUUAACAUAUACAGCUGAUACACAUCUAUAUCAGAGCUCUUGAAAGAAAAGGAAGACUCUGAAGAAAGCAAAGCAAAUACAGGGAAAAUUUUCAAGAGCAGCAAUCCCUCAAUUUUAAAAAAGGAUUGACAAGUCUAAAUGUCUUCCUGUGCAUAUUUUUUGUGUUAUGAAUUCCAAAAGUAUUUUACACAAGGAGAAGGAACAGCCUCAUUUUAGAUGUAAUCCAUUUGGAUUUUCCUCAAUAGUCAGCAGUGUUUUAAGAAAUUAAGUCUUUAUGAUUUUUUAGGACUUACAUUAUACAUAGAUUUGAAAAAAUCUGACGCAGUGUAAACAUUACAGCCACCUGCAUUUAUGUUUUUUCAACAAAUGUGACUAAUUUGAAACUUUCAUCAACUCUUGAGCUGUCCCCUUACCAUUUAACCAUAAUCUGAAUUAAACAUAUCAAAUUAGUUUCAAUUUUUCAAACUGUACUUCUGAUUCUAUAUUUCAGGGGUGUAUUUUCUCACUUCUAUUUUAAUACAUUAAAGGACUAGAUAAUCUUUCAGAGAUGCUGGAAACAAAUCAUUUGCUUUGUAUGUUUCAUUAGAACACCAAUGAAACAUAUAAUUUGAAAUCAGUAUUAGUUGUAUUUUUUAAACCCCAUUUCCAAUUGGAGAUCUCUCUAAUUUCAAUCAAUUUAUAAUGUGUAGUACUGUAUUAAGUGCACU